GCAAUGUAAGAGAUGGGUUUGGUGUGAAGGAUUGGACGUGUAACGGAGAAGUGUGUCACUCGCUAACAAGUUAAACACAGACAGUCUAGUUGCGUUUUUAGUGUCUUCACGAUUGGUGUUGUGUGUGUUUAGUCUUGAGUGAGUUUGUCGCUGACUGCUACGGUCAGUGGCUUUGUCUGGAAAAGGUUCUUAUAUUGAACCGAGAAACUUUCUAAAGGGGUAACAGCGAGUCAGGUUUUUAGGAGGCGUUUGUCAACAUGGCGCAGUGGAACCAGUUACAGCAGCUGGAGACCAGGUAUCUGGAGCAGCUCUACCACUUGUACAGUGACAGCUUCCCCAUGGAGCUACGGCAGUUCCUCGCCCCCUGGAUUGAGAGUCAGGACUGGGCUUAUGCUGCCAAUAAGGAGUCACAUGCCACAUUGGUGUUUCACAACCUCUUGGGAGAAAUUGACCAGCAGUAUAGCCGUUUCCUGCAGGAGAACAAUGUACUCUACCAGCAUAACCUGCGCAGGAUUAAACAGCAUCUCCAGAGCAAGUACUUGGAGAAGCCGAUGGAUAUCGCUCGUAUUGUCGCCCGCUGCUUGUGGGAGGAACAGAGGCUGCUGCAGACGGCCACCUCAGCUGCACAGGAUGGUCAGGCAGCACAUCCCACUGGCACAGUAGUGACGGAGAAACAGCAGAUCCUGGAGCACAACCUUCAAGACAUCAGGAAGCGUGUGCAGGAUAUGGAACAGAAGAUGAAAAUGCUUGAAAACUUGCAAGAUGACUUUGACUUUAACUACAAGACACUGAAAAGCCAAGGAGAGUUGUCCCAGGACCUAAAUGGUAACAGCCAGGCAUCCGCUACUAGACAGAAGAUGGCCCAGCUUGAGCAGAUGCUGAGCGCUCUGGACCAGCUCAGGAGGCAAAUUGUGACAGAGAUGGGAGGAUUACUGACCGCUAUGGAUUACGUUCAGAAAAACCUAACAGAUGAAGAGCUGGCAGACUGGAAGCGGAGACAGCAAAUUGCUUGUAUAGGAGGUCCGCCUAACAUCUGCUUGGACCGCCUCGAAACAUGGAUCACAUCCUUGGCCGAGUCCCAGCUUCAGAUUCGUCAGCAGAUCAAGAAGCUAGAGGAGCUUCAGCAGAAAGUGUCCUACAAAGGAGAUCCAAUCAUCCAGCACCGACCUGCUCUGGAGGAGAAGAUUGUGGAUCUGUUCAGAAAUCUGAUGAAGAGUGCGUUUGUGGUUGAAAGACAGCCGUGUAUGCCCAUGCAUCCAGACAGACCUCUGGUCAUCAAAACAGGAGUGCAGUUCACAAAUAAAGUCAGGUUACUGGUGAAGUUUCCUGAACUGAAUUACCAGCUGAAAAUCAAAGUUUGCAUCGACAAGGAAUCUGGGGAUGUUGCUGCAAUUCGAGGGUCACGAAAGUUUAAUAUCCUCGGCACUAACACAAAAGUUAUGAAUAUGGAGGAAUCCAACAAUGGCAGCCUGUCAGCAGAGUUUAAACACUUGACCCUGAGAGAACAGAGAUGUGGCAACGGUGGCCGAACUAAUAGCGACGCCUCUCUCAUCGUCACAGAGGAGCUUCAUCUCAUCACUUUUGAGACAGAAGUCUAUCAUCAAGGUCUGAAAAUCGAUCUGGAGACCCAUUCCCUGCCAGUGGUCGUCAUUUCCAACAUCUGCCAGAUGCCCAAUGCCUGGGCCUCCAUCCUGUGGUACAACAUGCUCACUAACCACCCAAAGAAUGUGAACUUCUUCACCAAACCUCCAGUGGGGACGUGGGACCAGGUUGCUGAGGUUCUAAGCUGGCAGUUCUCCUCCACCACUAAGAGAGGCCUGACCAUUGAACAGCUCACCACACUAGCUGAGAAACUGCUAGGACCUUGUGUGAACUACUCUGGCUGUCAGAUCACCUGGGCCAAGUUCUGUAAGGAAAACAUGGCUGGAAAAGGCUUCUCCUUCUGGGUGUGGCUGGACAACAUCAUUGACCUGGUUAAGAAGUAUAUCCUGGCACUGUGGAAUGAAGGGUAUAUUAUGGGCUUUAUCAGUAAGGAAAGGGAGAGGGCCAUUCUGAGCCCAAAACCUCCCGGCACUUUCCUACUGCGCUUCAGCGAGAGCAGCAAGGAGGGAGGCAUUACGUUCACAUGGGUUGAGAAAGACAUCAGUGGAAAGACCCAGAUCCAGUCAGUGGAGCCCUACACCAAACAGCAGCUUAACAGCAUGUCAUUCGCUGACAUCAUCAUGGGUUACAAGAUCAUGGAUGCCACCAACAUCCUGGUGUCACCCCUCGUCUACCUCUACCCUGAGAUUCCUAAAGAGGAAGCUUUUGGGAAAUACUGUCGACCUGAGGCAGCUCCUGAACCUGAGAUGGGAGGGGACUCAACGAGCACUAUCCAGCCAUACUUGAAGACAAAGUUCAUCUGUGUUACUCCGUGUCCCUCCGUGUUCAUGGACUUGCCGGACAGUGAGCUGCUUGGGAACGGAUUCCCAGGAACAAACUCUGGAAACACCAGUGACUUGUUCCCCAUGUCUCCCCGCACUCUUGACUCCCUGAUGCAUAACGAAGCAGAAGCAAAUCCAGGUCAUAUGGAUUCACUCACUUUGGACAUGGAUGUAGCAUCACCUCUGUGAACACAUUUGUCCACUUUCUUUCUUUUCCUGAAUAUCUUUUUGGGUUUUAUAUUAUAAUGAAUGAUUUGAUGAUGAUUUCUUUCUGCCUAUCUCCACAUGAUGCGGCAUGUACAGUACAUUUGUCUUUAGUUUCUGUAUAAAAAUGGCUUUUUUUUUUUUUUUUUUUCAGUUUUAAUCUUUUUCCUGUGUGAAAGUGAAGAGUCAUACUGACCUGUUUUGUUUUAAAAAGCAUCCCACUCCUAUGUAAUACUUCAAAAUACAUAAUUAGUAGAGAACCUUGAGGAUCUGGAGACUUAUUUUUUCAGAACAUUGUAUUUUCUUUGUUAUCGACUUUUAAAAUUGUUAGAAAAAAAAAAAAUUAUUGUGCUAUUUCUCGCAUAAAAAUGUACAAACGAUAAUUGUUGUAUAAGCUAAGCCUCUUUGGAAAUGUAUUUGAGCGGUUUUGAUGCAAUUAUUGAUGUUUUUAUAUGUUUUUGUCUCAUUUUAAUCAUUUAAAUCCCUGCCAAAUGUAAUUUAUGUCAUGUUAUGUAAUAAGUAUUGCGUAUUCCACAGUACCCGUGUAGCAUACAACAUUGUUUUUCACCAUUACACAAUAUGCAGUAUAUCUUAUUUGGAGAGCCACUUAAGGAUUUAUAAGACUGUAGAUAUUUAAAAAGAUAGGGACUUUCUGACAUGUCUAUAGCUAUUUUUCCUUUUUUUUUCCAACAGUACUGACAGUAAUUUUGUAAAAUAACAAGUUAGAGUAGUGCACUGUAAACCAUUUUUGGCAUCCUGCUUACAUACUAGAUUUUUUUUAUUAAUCACAUGAGUUGCACUUGCUUUUUAGUUUUCCUAUUUUGUUGCUUCUAACUCUGUGCUUCGAUAAAUGUUAGAACAUCAAUCACUUUCUGAACGAUUUUGAAUUAGUUGUGUCGUAACGUGCGGUGACAGUCGUAACCUUCCGUAGACUUCAGUAAACUGUGUCUGUUUAGUUCUGUUCUGAAUCUACCAUCUACCAUCAAAUUCUUUCCUGUUGAAGAGGUGAUCUGAGAAAUAUACUGUAACCAUUUGUCAUCCGAGGGCAAUAAAAGGCACUAGAGG